AUGGCCCUUCAACUGCUCCCAAGAGCAGAAGCGCAGGGGGCAGACCCUACACAAUCUCUUAAUGCAGCAUUGAAGAAUUUUGAGAAUACCCUGACAGAGGAGCAAAAACGAGAGUUUCAAAAAAGCACCACCACACCAGAUAUUGCCAGCGUUAUAGAGUUUGUCGCAGAGAUUGAUGCUAGAAAUAGCAGCACAACGAGGAGGUGCGUGGCUCCACGGCUAUGUACCUUUUUAGAGGCAACACAACAGUUCACCGGCGUCGUCGACACCUUCAUUAGUUCUAAUCCGAUAGUAGCCGCCCUCGUCUGGGGAGGUAUAAAGACUGCUAUAUUGACGGCGAGUAAUGUGGCCUCAUACUUUGACAAAGUCACAAACAUGAUCAUGCGUAUCGGCAAAUCUUCUCCGACAUACCAACAAUUUGGCCUACUCUACCCCGGCUCUACUGGCCUCCAAAGUGCCCUUUGUGAUUUCUACGCCGUCAUCAUUCAUCUCUGUGUCAAGGUAAUCGAAGUCUCCCGUCGAACCGCCCUCAAACAAACUCUUUCCUCGAUCCUAAGCCCUUUUGAAUCAGAGUUUAAGCCAUUCCUAGAUCUGCUAGAUGAAGCUACACAUAAGAUAAACCUGGAGGUAUCACUCGCAUCAAAGCAAGCAGACAAAGAAGCGAAAAAGCUGCUAGAAUAUGAAAGUCAACAGAAUUCAACAUUCCGACCAAAAACCCUAGAUUUCUACAAAACAUCACUGAAACAACAAGCCGAUGCAAGCGAGUGGCGAAUGAAAUUGAAAAAAAAGGAAAUGGCGAAAUUGAAGACAAUCAUUCGAAACAAUCUUUCUCCUAUCAACCAGGACCCUCAUUUGAGACAGGUCCUGAAGCAACGAGUUUCAACCACAGCUGAAUGGUUUCAGAGAGAGUUAGUGUUUGAUGAGUGGAAAAACGAUCCGCAAACUGCGAUACUCUGGUGUUUAGGCACCAUAGGCAUGGGCAAGACAGUGCUUAUGUCUAAUGUGGUAGACCAGCUACGGUUACAUACAGCCCGCAAGAGCAAUGAGACUGUAUCUUACUACUUUUGCCGCAUCGACAACGAGGCAUCUUUGUCUGCGAGGGAGAUUCUUGGGAGUCUUGCCCGUCAAAUCCUCAAUACUCAUAUUGAGCAAAGCGGAUAUGAAACUCUACUCUCCUUGCAGGAGACCACGCAGGAUCUUAGCACGACUGACGUCGUUAAGUUCUUGUUGUCUCAUCUGGAGGCUGCUAAUGGUGAUAAGUACUAUGUUAUCCUGGAUGGACUGGAUGAAUGUGACAGCAAUCGGGUUCAAGCGGUGGCACGGGCUAUCGCCGAGCUCUGCAGCAACUAUGUUGGUUUCAAAAUUCUCUGCGCAGGCCGACCCGGACUUGAAAAACAGUUCAAAUACACCGCACCGCAGUAUAGAAUCAUAGUAAAUGAGGAAAAGGUCAAGUCGGACAUGGAUCACUAUAUCACCAAGACGUUGGAAAAGUGUCUAGAGGAUGAGACUUUGAUUCUCGGGGAACCAGCAAUCAUCACAGAGAUAUACAACACCUUAAGGGGCAAAGCUGGAGGAAUGUUUCUUUGGGCAAGUCUUUGUAUUGAAGAGCUUUGUGCGCAGAAUUGUGAUCACGACAUCCUAGAAGCACUAAAGCAUCUUCCGCAGAGCUUGGCUGAGCUCUAUGAUCGAAAACUUUGUCGCGUUCGAGAGGGACGGGCAGCCCUGCAGGCAAUGAAACUGCUACAAUAUUGUGGGACAGUGAAAAGGCCAUUGACAGUCACGGAAUAUCGAGAAGCCCUUAGUCUUUCUCUCGAGCAAAAGACCUUUGACCACGGAAAGGUCCCCAAUGACAUGGAUAGGAUCAUCAAUGGUUGUUGCGGAUUAACAUUCGUUGACGAAGAGGAAGACACUAUACACUAUGUUCAUCGUAGUGUGCAAGAACGUCUUUUUAUCACAAAUGGUCUACACAUAGCGCAAUUCGAGGUGUCAAGCGCCGACCAGAAUUUCGGGUUCCUUUGCAUGAUAUAUCUGGAUUUUACCGACUUCAAGCGUCAGUUGACGAAACUGAAGAAUGGUUCCGGUACUCCCAUCAACCCCCUUCAGCUCGGUACUAGUACUCUACCCACCCGCUCUUCCAGUAGAGUUACUAGUAAGAUAGCCCAAAGGCUUCUUUCCCGUCAUCGCCAGCUGCAGCAUUUCAGCACUCGGGGGGUAGAGAGGACAGCACAAAAAAUACUUGGUGGGGAUGCUUCCCAGCCGGAGCGAGGGUUUCAGUUUCUCAAUUACGCCAGGGCCUACUGGCUCAACCAUCUGGCUGAUUUGACUCCGGAUACGAAUAGUACUAUGUGGGGAUUGUUUUGCCGGUGCAUCGAAGGCGAUGAUGUUCUUACAUGCAGACCAUGGGAGUCGGAACAGCAGACUGAUACCAAGAUAAACGAUAUACCAGAGGCUAUACAAUGGUUAUCGGCCCAUGGUCAUUACGCAUUACUUUUAUACUAUGAAAGACAUCAGUCUCAGAUUUUCUCCGAAAAUAUGGUGGAUUUCAUCCUUCAGCGCGCUGACAUUCACAAUCGUUAUCGAUACACCGAGGUGCUCGUUCGCCUUAGCGAUACCAGCAGCAUCUUGAAUCGUGGAUUUUCAUAUUCUGCGAUACAUGGAUGUGUUCGUUCCCUAGCCAUGUUACUCCAAGCAGGGGCUGACAUUGAUGCCCGAGUAAAUGACAGAACAGCCCUCCAAGCGGCAGCAGAAGCAGGUCAUCUUGACGUUGUGCAGGCGCUGUUAACAGCAAAAGCAAAUGUCAACUUAUCUUCUUCUGCUAAAUAUGGUGCACGAACAGCUCUCCAGGCAGCGGCAGGGGGAGGUCAUCUCGAAGUAGUGCAGGCGCUGCUAAGAGCAAAAGCAGACGUCAACGCAUUUGCUAAAUAUGGUGCACCAACAGCUCUCCAGGCAGCAGCAGGGGGGGGUCACCUCGAAGUGGUACAGGUGCUGCUAAGAGCAAAAGCAGACGUCAACGUAUUUUCUGCCGAGUAUGGCGAACGGACAGCUCUCCAAGCGGCAGCAAAAGGAGGUCAUCUCGAAGUAGUGCAGGCGCUGCUAAGAGCAAAAGCAGACGUCAACGCAUUUGCUAAAUAUGGUGCACCAACAGCUCUCCAGGCAGCAGCAGGGGGGGGUCACCUCGAAGUGGUACAGGCGCUGCUAAGAGCAAAAGCAGACGUCAACGCAUUUUUUGCUGCUAAAUAUGGCGAACGGACAGCUCUCCAAGCGGCAGCAGAAGAAGGUCAUCUUAAAGUGGUACAAGCGCUGCUAAGAGCAAAAGCAGACGUCAACGCAUUUUAUACUGGAUAUAGCAAACGGACAGCUCUCCAAGCGGCAGCAGAAGGAGGUCAUAUUGAAGUGGUACAGACACUAUUAGCAGCAGGAGCAGACGUCAAUGCAUCUCAUGCUAAAUCUACUGGCAGAACAGCCCUUCAAGCGGCGGCAGGAGGAGGUCACCUCGAAGCGGUGCAGGCGCUGCUAAGAGCAAAAGCAGACGUCAACGUAUUUUCUGCCGAGUAUGGCGAACGGACAGCUCUCCAAGCGGCAGCAAAAGGAGGUCAUCUUGAAGUGGUGCAGACACUGCUAGCAGCGAAAGCAGAUAUUGACGUUGAAGCUGACGUUAAGGCUGGCAUUGAAGAUUCCGGCAAAACAGCCCUCAAAAUGGCGGAAAUAGCAGGUCACACUGAGGUGGUGCAGGCAUUGUUAGCAGCGGGAUCUAAAGAUCCUCAAACCCACAGGAGGAGGCUGCUUAGGUUUAAUGGAGACAUUGAAUAG